UGCACUCACACACUCCGCGGCACCACUCCCGACACACACCAUGCGUACCUGUCCGGACAUAUGCUACCCCCCUACACUGGAUUUUACUCAUGCAUCAGACUGAAACUGUCCAAAGGAUAUUCCGAGCUGCUGAGACUUUGUUCCUGUCUGUUUUUGUUCCUUGCUGAGCGGCAGAAGGGUUUAGAGGAGGAGGUCGUGCCAUGAGAGCUGACUUUUGAGUCUGAGUCAAGAAGCCCAGUAGCCCUUUGUGUGUCCUGUGUGAAGCGUCCCACCAUGAGGAGCAGCUCUCAUGUCCUGCCUCUCGGUGUGCUCACGGCUCUGCUGCUGUCUCAGGUCUGCUCGGGCAUCAAAUGGCUGUCGAUAUCACACGCCCCUGCAUCUCUCCACAUCAACCAGACCCAGCACUGUAAGCUGCUGCCGGGCAUGGUGUCCUCCCAGGCCCAGCUGUGUCGCGGCAACCUGGAGCUCAUGCAGACCAUCGUCACCGCCGCACGGGAGGUCAAGAAGACGUGUCAGAAGACGUUUUCUGACAUGCGCUGGAACUGCUCCUCCAUUGACAUCCCAAUCGAUGCCCAGAAGUAUCGGCCAGACCUCGAACGAGGAACCAGAGAGGCUGCGUUUGUGUACGCGCUGUCCGCAGCCACCAUCAGCCACACCAUAGCGCGGGCAUGCACCACUGGAGACCUGCGGCAGUGCACGUGUGGGCCCAUCCCCGCACAGAUCCCAGAGCCCGGCUACCGCUGGGGGGGGUGCGCUGACAACCUGCACUAUGGUCUGAUCAUGGGCUCAAAGUUCUCUGACGCGCCCAUGAAGAUGAAGCGUGCCGGCUCCCACGCCAACAAACUGAUGCACCUCCACAACAGCGAAGUCGGGAGACAGGCCCUGCGAGACGCGCUGGUGAUGAAGUGUAAAUGUCACGGGGUGUCCGGCUCCUGCUCCAUCAGGACCUGCUGGAGGGGUCUGCAGGACCUGAGGGAGAUCGCCAUGGACCUGAAGAUCAAGUACUUGUCUGCCACCAAAGUGGUUCACCGGCCCCUGGGAACCCGCAAGCAGCUGGUCCCCAAAGACAUCGACAUCCGGCCGGUGAGGGACAACGAGCUGGUGUACCUGCAGAGCUCCUCAGACUUCUGCACUCAGAGCGAGAAACUGGGCUCUAUCGGCACGCAGGACAGACAGUGCAACAAGACGUCCCUGGGCAGUGACAGCUGUGACCUGAUGUGCUGCGGCCGUGGCUACAACCCGUACACGGAGAAGCUGGUGGAGCGCUGCCACUGCAAGUACCACUGGUGCUGCUACGUCACCUGCAAGAAGUGCGAGCGCAUCGUGGAGAGAUACGUCUGCAAAUGAGUGCCGGCAGCACCGAGGCUCAAGAUGAACCAAAGCACUACAAUACCAAGAAGCUUACUUUUGUCUUAAGCUUUAGCAUGUGUAUCUCAACAAGAAGUGGUCUCUUCUUGUGUCAGUAUCAUUUUUGUAUCGAAUCUCCAAAGUGCCAACUGGGCUUCUAAGCUUUCUGCUUCACAAACCUGGACGUGGCUGCAGUGCCAGUUUAAGUGAAGACCGCCGUCCUCCUGGGUAUUUCCUUUUUCUUGUUAAUGAUUAUGAGUCCCCCUGAGAGGGAUGUUGAAAGUCUCUAUUUUAUUAUAUAUCUAAUAAAAAGAAAUAAUAUUGGAUUUUAUGCUGGAGGAGAGGGAUUUUCUUCUCCCUUCACUAAACAGAAUUGUUUGGCUUCACUCCACGGAAAGGGUCUAAACUCUAAAGGAUCCGCAGGGUACUUUUCUUUAGGUACUAUUACAACUGUUUUCCUCCGCAGCAAUGGACAAUAGGGGGAAAAGGAACACAAAGGGAACUUCAAGUACUUUCAAUCAUGGAACAUUUUUGUGGUUGUUGUUUUGGACUCUCACCAUGCGUCCUGUGUGGAUCUUCACGUGCCUGCAUCCCUGUGGAUUGAGAGAAGAGCAUUACGGGCUUUGUGAAAUGGUGCCUUAUCUCUUUAUGUCUCACAUGCAGUUCAAAAUAUAUUCUAUUUUUCAGAGCAUAUGAGCUGAACUCAUGGAUUUUGUAAACCACUUUUGUGUGGAUGUACAUACUGUUAUUUUGUAUACUGAAAUAAAGAAAGAAGUAUUUAUAAAAU